ACAAGAGGGCGCUAACACUUGUCGACGGCAAGUCGAAACAGUAAACAUGGCGGAAACAGACUCGGCAUCGAAAACUGACAGAACUUCUGAUGAAACCGGUGGAAAUGUUCAACUACAGCAAGACAGAUCUAAAGAGGAGACAACAUUGACAAGUCCAAAUAAGAAAAGGAACGAUAAAGUUGAUAUACUACUCAAAGCGACGGCAGAUGCACCAAUCAUGAAGAAGAAGAAAUGGGCUGUCGACAGGACAAAGAAAGUCUCGUGGGUCAUUGAAUUCAUCAGAAAGUACAUCAAGUGUGAUCCCUCAGAAUCACUGUUUCUGUAUGUUAAUCAAGCCUUUGCUCCAUCACCAGACCAAGAAAUCGGAAACCUAUUUGAGUGCUAUGGCAGUGACGGCAAACUGGUGCUACAUUACUGCAAGAGCGAAGCCUGGGGCUGAAGGGUUACUCUUGCCCACUCUCAGUAUUGGUCUUUCUUUUCAAUGCUAAAUUUUCCCUCCAACAAUAUGCGCAGUGCAAUGUUACUUGUGUAUAAUUGUGCAUGAUCUUUGCUGCUGGAGACUGAUAUACUCGUCACAGGUAGCCAGGUGCAAACCGUGUUGUAUAUACUGAAGAAUCUGUGUCAAGGUCAUCAUUUUCACAUCUUUUGUUGAUUCGAGCUACAGCCAUUUGCAGUGAUUAGAAUGAAGACCCGUUUGGCUCCCAAACAAAACCAUCAUUCAGUUUCUGUACAUGUACAUGUACUUAAACUGAAGUGGCUGUGACACAUGCAUAUUGAACACCUAGUAAAAUUGAAUGACUGGUGUGCUGUGAGGGGGCCGCCUGUAAAGCAUACGGCAAGAGAGAGAGCAAAUGUUACACAAGAUGUUUUAUUGACCAUUUUCAAAGUGAAAGUGUUGCGCUGUAUACAUGUUUUGCGCGGCUGAGUGUGUGAUGCGUUAACGCUGAGGGUUUGUCAGGGGAGGGGGAAAGAAUAACAAGGCAGCAAUAGCAAAGAACGGGCAGCAUAUGUGGGCAACUCCAACAUUUUAGGAAUUGUUGCCAAUUCCAUUCUGGAAGAAGGCGGUCCAUUCAGAAUCCAUUCAAACUUUCACCAGCAAGAAGUAGUUGGUAGAACCUCCCUUAACUCCAACAGUCUUCAAUCCUUCACCCGUUGGGAGGAUGGAGGACUGCUCGGGUUUACAGAUCAUUCAUGAGGGCAGAGGUUUGCCUGUGCCCAAGUUGGAAUCGCAACUCCGAUUUCAAGUUCACAACGGAUUGUUGCCCUAACCCAGCUGGCAACCACAGUCACUAGUGACUGUGGUUGCUAGAGCCAGUGGAUGACCAAUUACAAGCAUUCACUUCUCACGUCGACUGGUGACCUGGUCCUUGCUAAACACAACUUUUUUUUUUUACAUGGCAUACCUGUGCCACCAACUUCUUGUGUCAACUACAUGUAUUGUGGGUUUUUUACUUGAGCUGACCUUGAUGUGGCAAAUGUAAAAAAUUACAGGAACAAUCCAGAUGAGAGAUUAGUUCAGAUUUCUGGUCUUCAGCUACACGCAGGUUUGGAAAAAAUGUGUCCUUUUCUUCAUCCAGCGCUACUCUUUAAGACUUUGACUCAUCAUAGCUGCUCAAAGUUAUUCUAAUAUUAUUUGAUAAAAAAUUAGACUUUUUUGGACUGGGUAUGCAAAUGUACAUGUAUUUUAUUUCUGCAUCAAGUGGAGAACAGCUUUUUGCAAUUAUUUGUAUCAUGGCUGCAUUGUAAAUAAAUUAUGCACUGUAAAUUUAUUCUGUCAAGAAAGAGUAUUAAAUCUCAAAGAUUACCUA